AUGAAGCGAUUGGAACGAUUGCUCGACGCCGACUGCCGGACUGCACUUUCGUUUAGCGAAGAGCUCCGCGAGCACACUGAGCAAGCAAUAAUUGAAGAAAUGGGUCGCCGCGCGAAGGCUAGAAGACGUGCGGCACGAGUGGCCGCUGAGAAUCAGGUGGCUGGUUUGGAGACGGCCGAUGAGCCGAGUUCGGUUUUGAGUGAUGAGACGAAUUGUGAGAUUCCUAGUCUCCCCAACAAACCGUCUCCAUCGAGAAUCCCUAUUUUCCAAAAAGGAUAUCAAGUCGAAAAACCGGCCGUGUCGCCAUCUGAAAAACCGGAUCUCAUUUCCACGUCACCAUCGAAAAUCCCGCGUCCAAUGACCAAUAAUUUGAUCUACUUGAAACCAAUCGAUAAUUCGGAUAACUCGGAAAAUGAAAAUGAUUUCUCGGCUUCCACGGCCAUGUCCGAGUUGCCAAGUUACACCGAUUUGGGAGGGAGUACGUUCUCGAAUUUCUCCUCCGACAUGAUUACUGGAUCCCACGAUGCCACCAUCUGUGGGAAAAUCUCUCCGCUGCCGGCUUGUGAUAUUUUAUCGCAAUUCUCUACUGUCACCGACCCAACUGUCGACAAAAAUCAAGUGAAAGUGAUCGCAGAGGCGAAUGGUGUGGAGCUGCAAUUAGAUGUGUCCGCAUUGAUGACUGAAAUAGGUCUGGAGUUUUCUGGUAUUAGAUUGACUUGA